AGGAAAUGGGUACGAGGAACAAUCUCGCUGGAGCUCGGUCUCAGCCUCUCAGGCCUCGACCAGUGUCUGGGACCCGCCGAUCCGCAUAUUCUUCUCUUCCCAUCUUUCGUCCUCGUGGAGUAAAGAGUAAAGAACAGAAGAAAGAAGUUCGCUGAUUUCGGACGCAAUCAGAAUUCAAGAAUCGGUUGAACCCGUAAUUAUCGUUGACCGAAGUGGCUGUUGCAGCUGCGACAGCAGCUGCUUCGACGCCGAUGGACGGCGAGAUUGGAUCGAGCAGCGGAACUCUCGCCACCUUCCAGUGGGGCGGCGCGAUCUCCGCCAUAUUCUUGUUGAUCAUGAAUCGAACUGGGAGGAAAUCAUCCAUGCAAACUACUGCUCUUGUGUUGUAUCUAUUCACAAGUUUUCCCACUGUGCUCUUCAAAAUUCUUAGGGGAGAGUUUGGUUGUUGGGUUGCUUUUCUCGCCGUCGUAGGAAACCUCUUCUUUCCUCAAAUCUUCACAGUUUCUCGUUUUAUCUUAUUUGUCGUAACUCCUGACUGGAUCGCCAAUGGACUCCGUGAAAGCAUGGCAGGCGGCAUAUUUUGUCUAGUUUUAGGAAUUAUUCUGGUCGUAAAUGAGUUUAGGGGCAUGGGCGGGCUCGCUGAUUGGCAUUGCAAUUGCCAUUGCUUCGGUUAUUGUCUUGGGGUGGGCUUUCUCUUUUUCUUUACAAUAUAUUACCUGUGUAAAGGUACUUGGUAGGCUGUGUGCUUCGAACGAGAUGGCGGCCUCGCACAUUUUGAUCCAAAUCAUGCUUGCUCUAGCUUUUUGAUUUCGCAGUGAAGUUGAUGCUGAGCAUUCACCCUGGUACUAAACUUGUUUUACUUUAUUCAAGUGGUAUUCGAGACCACUUACAGAGCAAGAAACCCGGAGGAUCCGGGUUCUUUAUGUGA